GGUUGAAUACCCUGAUUCAGUAGGUCCAAACCAUCGUUCAGCGGAGAGAUCUCAAUUGAACGGCGGCGAUGAGAAGACACGUCGGCGGAGGAGUUGGCGGUGGCGUUCCGGCGAGGCGGCUGCCACUGUUAACAAGGGCGGUAGACUCCGUAUUCGCGUUUGUGCGGGUGGCUGAGUUUGAGAUCCUCUUCGUUCUCUUCUUCUUGGUCGCUUUCCUCAUCUUCAAAGACCUCACAUCACGACCAGCAUAUAACCAGAUCUUUGUGAAGAAGCCUCUUGAUGAUGAUUUUUGGCCCUAGGUCCCAGAAUAGCUGUUGGGGCAUUAUGAUAUAGAAAAACUUGUGCAAAUAUGGCUUUAAUGAUUCUCUUUAUUUUGUGUACUUGAAAACUUAAUUGUGGAGUCAAUACCUUGGAUUUACUUCAGAGUGUAACAUCACAUUUGCUGUACUGUGUACUUGGAACUUGCAAUAGUACAAAAUAAACCAUAGUUAUAGCAUUGAGACAACUGGUUUUCAAAUCCACAAGACAUACCCCAGAAAAGUGGCCUCAUUGUAUAUAGUCUAAUACAGUAGUUUGAUAGUUAUAAUGUUAUUGUUUGGUAUUUUUGGGCAGGAA